AAAUGGUCCUCAGAGAACGGAGGUGAGUUAAAACCUAUGGAUUAAAAUACGAAUUUCAUCACUUAAAAGGUAUGUACCAGUUUUGAAAUUUGAUUGAGAUAAAUUGUGCAUUGACUUUAUAUAAAUAUGAACUAUGUUUAAAGGAGCGAAAAAAGAGGAUUUAAGGCAAAUUGCCAUUGAGUUAGGUGAAAAUGUUACUGAGACUAUGACUAUUAUUGAGCUAACGAACUUAAUAAAAAACAACGAAACAUUUGUUAAAGAGCCAGAACUUGCUACUGACAUAGCAAAUACUAUAAUUAAUGAUAGAAAAGCAGAAAAGGAAUCGUUGUUACAGUUAGAAAAAUUUAAGUUUGAGAGAACAAAAGCAGAAUUAGAACUAGCUAAACUGCGAAACGAAAACAAAUUUGAGAACUCCGAAAGUACUGAAUCGCUGGAUUCACUCGUCAAAAGUGUCCGGACUCUAACAGUUAAAGUUCCUAGUAGACCUGAAGGUUGGAGUUAUUUUUUCUCAUCCUUAGAAAGGGCAUUUAACUCUAAAAGUGUACCCGAGAAAUACAAGGCAGAAAUUCUGUUAAAUUUAUUAGGAGAAAAGGCCACAAACGUGAUUACUUAUAUAAAAGAUAACGAGUUAAAUGAUUAUUCUAAAGUAAAAUCAAUCGUAAUAAGAGAAUUUGAGCCCACCCCUCAAUCGUGUUUAGAACAUUUCAAAAAUACAUUCCGACAACCAAACGAAACACACGUACAAUACGCGUCUCGAUUGAUAACAAAUUAUGAUUAUUAUUUGAAAUUAAGGAAGGUGUCGGAUUUCGAAACAUUAAAAGAGUUAAUCGUAUCCGACAAAAUCUAUCAAACACUUGACAAAGAUACCGCAUACCAUAUAAGUAUGAAACAGGGAGACGAUUGGUUCAAACCCUCUCAAUUAUCGAAAGAGAUCGAUCUAUACUACACAUCGCGUGGGAAAAAAUUAGUCAAUAGUUUAGAAAACGUAAAAAAUCCCCACUCAAAAAAUGCUUCGCGAGUAUUCUUGUCAGAUGCUAAAAUUUCUAAAUGUGUUUUAUCGUGUAGUGAAAAUCAUCCAUUAUAUAACUGCCCUGCUUAUAAAAACUUAUCCAUAAAUGAUCGAGUAGAAGUUGUUAAAACUAAUAAAUUAUGCUUUAAUUGCUUAGGAAAUAACCACAGAGUAUCAAAUUGCAAAUCUAAGUAUUCUUGCCAGAAUUGUAAAAGGCGUCAUCACGUGACUUUGCAUUUCUCUCCUGAGAAAAAACCGUAUGAGGCAUCGGCGACUGCUAGUCGAAGCGUGCUUUCCCCCACCGCAGCUGAAUUUAUUACCAAUCCUUCUAGAAGUGCGGAAGUUAAUCAAAACAAAAACGAAGAAUAUUUUGCGGCUGCGAGUUUCGAUUCGAAUUCAAUACAAUCAAAAUGUGUUUUGCUUAGUACGAUUAUUUGUUACAUAAAAGAUAAUGUAAACAAUUUAAUUCCUUGCCGGGGUUUGCUUGAUGUGGGUGCGAAUUCGAAUUUUAUCAGCAAAAGAUUAUCUGAUAGACUUAAUUUAAGGAAAGAAAAAAUAAAUGCCUCAGUGUCAGGAUUAAAUGAAUUGUCAUUAGAAAUAAAAUCACGAGUGAGUACUACCAUUACAAAUGAGGAGGGAAAUUUUAAUUUAGAUUUAAACUUUUUAGUUGUUCCAAGAAUAAUGGAUUUUACCCCAUCUAAACCAAUUCAAUGCAGUUUCCCAGAAUUAAGAGAUGUGAAAUUGGCGGAUUUAAGUUUUAACAUGCCAGGUCCUAUUGAUAUACUUAUAGGCGCGGAACAUUUUUAUGAAAUUAUGAGGAUAGGGCAAAUACAACCCCCUAAUACAAAGUUAAUUUUACAAAAUACGGUAUUCGGUUACGUUGUAAGUGGGAGCAUACCAACAAAAAAUUAUGAUAGGGUUCACUGCGGAUUAAUAAAGGAUAACACGGAAUUAGAAAAGUCCAUUAGUAGAUUUUGGGAGCUAGAGUCCAUUGGCAUUAAUGACGAGAAUGAAAACAUCGACGAAAACGAAGCCCUUAAGAACUUUAAUGACACUGUGAGCUUUAAAAACAAGCGGUACGAGGUAACCUUACCUUGGAAGAGGAACUGGCAGGAGUUAGAUGAUAAUUUCAACAUUGCAAAGAAGAGACUUGACUCCCUGAUUAAAAGAAUGAAUCGUGAUAAUUCACUAUACUUAGAAUAUUGCGAAACUUUAAAAAUUUAUUUGAGAGAAGGAAUAAUUGAGAGAGUAUUGGAUCAUUCAAAACCAAAUGAUAAGCCUGUGUUUUACCUGCCCCAUUUGAUUGUCAAUAAAAAGGAGAGGCUAACCACCAAAAUGAGAAUAGUCUUCGAUGCUAGUGCACAUGGAAUCGGACAAUUAUCUCUGAAUGAUUGUUUGUUUCAAGGGGUUAAUCUGAAUCCAAAUAUCUUUUAUCUUCUGAUCCAUUUUCGUUUAAAUAGAAUUGCAUUUCUGGCUGAUAUCGAGAAAGCAUUCCUCCAGAUAUCCUUGAGUGAUAGAGACAGAGACGCUGUGAGAUUUCUUUUUGGAAAGGAUCUAAAACAUAUAGAGAUCUACAGAUUCAAGCGAGUAAUAUUUGGAGUGAAUUCUAGUCCAUUUUUGUUGGCAGCUACCAUUAAAAAGCAUAUAGAAAAAUACCGUAAAGAGUUUCCAUCCACAGUACAAGUACUUGAUGACUGUUUAUACGUUGACGAUUUGAUAGCUGGAGAGGACAGUGAAGAAGCAGCCUUUGAAAUUUCUAAAAGAGCGAAACAAAUCAUGGGAGAUGCUGGAAUGAACCUAAGAAAGUGGAUUUCGAAUGAUGAAAAUCUUAUGAAAAAAUUGAAUGAAGAAGGAUUUGAUCUACUACACCCAGAGGACCUCGAAGGAAAUCUGCAUCGAGUCCUAGGCCUUUCUUGGAAUCCACUUAGUGACUUUAUCACCGUGGAGAUAGAUAGCUUGCUUGAAUUUCUUCAACAGGAUAAAAAUACCAAACGAUUUUUGCUAAUGGCUGCAGGAAGAAUAUUUGACCCUUUAGGUCUUCUCACUCCCUUCACCAUCAGAUUUAAAUGUUUAUUUCAAGAGAUCUGGCAGAGGAAAAUCACCUGGGAUGAAGAGUUGCCACCCGACAUUGCAAAAACGUGGAAGAAGUGGUGUACAGAAGUUUCUCAACUAAAAGAUCUUAAAAUUCCUAGACAUGUGAUGAGUCCUACAGGUGAUGAGAAUUUAUGUGUCGAAAUCCACACAUUUUCAGACGCUAGUAUCAAGGCCUAUGGAGCCGCCGUGUACAUAAAAAUACGAGUCAAAGAUCAAAUCAUUACCAAUCUUGUGUCUUCUAAAACCAGAGUUGCACCCUUGAAGAAGAUUACACUACCGAGGAUGGAACUCAUGGGUGCUGUGCUAGCAGCAAGAUUAGCUAAAGAGGUGAAGAAAGUAAUCGACCGAAAACAUCAAUCAACAAGCUUUUUCUGGACUGAUGCUAAAAUCGUACUCUACUGGAUUCAGAGUUCAACCAAACGAUGGAAACCUUUUGUGGCGAACCGUGUAAAAGAGAUUCAAGCAUUGACAGCCCAGACAUCAUGGCACCACUGUGCUAGUAGAGACAAUCCCGCUGACAUGUUAAGCAGAGGUGUGACUGUUGACGUUCUUCUUGGCAGUGCAAAAUGGUGGUCUGGUCCUGACUUCCUUAAAGAGAACAUUCCUGACGCUUAUGAGGAGCAAACUGUUCAUGAAGAAGAGUACCAAGUUGAACUUAAAAAGAACUGUGAUUCCCAUUUAGUGACAUUAAUUUCUAUAGAUAAUGCUUCCCUUUUUGAGAAAAUUCUUACCUUAUCUAACAAUUAUACUAAAAUUAUUCAUGUAUUGAGUUUUCUUUUCAGAUUCAUUUACAAUUGUAAAAAUCCAGAUGCAAGAAAAAUUGGUCCCUUGUUAGUAAGUGAAUUAAAUGCAGCUGAAAUUUGGUUGUUAAAAUGUUUACAACGAAGUGAGUUCCCAGAGGAAAUCAAAAGCUUGGAAAAAGGUAAGCCUGUUCCGAGGAACAGUAAGUUGUCUUCAUUGUGUGUUUUUCUAGAUGAAAAUAAGCUGAUGAGAGUUGGUGGUAGAUUAUCUCUGUCUGACUUGCCUGUUAAUUCUAAGUUCCCCAUCAUUUUACCGGGUAAGAAUUCUUUAACCACCAUAAUUUUGAGAUAUUGUCAUUUAAAAUAUUUGCACUUGGGACCACAAGCAUUAUUAUAUCAAGUUCGACAAAAGUUCUGGCCUCUUAACGGUAGAAAUAAUUGUAGGAAAAUUGUACAUAGUUGUAUCACAUGUUUUAAAAACAAACCUGUUAUGAGUAAUCAAAUAAUGGCUGAUCUACCAAAGGAGCGUACAAGACCUAAUUAUCCAUUUAACAUCACGGGAAUUGAUUUUUGUGGCCCAUUUUCUAUUAAGUUCAAAAACCAGAGAAAAGGGGUCACAAAUAAGGUUUAUGUUGCUGUUUAUAUUUGCUUGUGUACCAAGGCAAUACACUUAGAUUUUGUAACUGAUUUAACUUCUCAAUCGUUCAUUGCCAGUCUAAAACGUUUUUUUGGGAGACGGGGCAAGUGUUCAAAAAUUAUGACCGAUAAUGCAAAAACAUUUAUCGGUGCUAACAUUGAAAUUAAGAAGUUAAGGAAAUUGAUAAAUUGCCCAGAUGAGACGUUAGCCAGUUAUUUUACUAACGAAGGGAUUGAUUGGAAAUUUAUCCCACCAAGGUCACCAAACUUCGGGGGAAUUUGGGAGGAUGGUGUGAAGUCGUUUAAGUUCCACCUAAAAAGAGUAAUUGGCAAUCAAAAUUUAACUUUAGAAGACAAUUGA